AUGAAAGACCAAUCCGAAGCAAUGCAGUCGUCGAAAACAGCCACGGCAGUUAUCGUGAAGCAAUCAUCACUACGCCAUCAAUCUUCAGCGGAUUCAAAGACACCCAUUCAGAUCUGCACCGUGAAAUCCUCAGAGCGAUAUUCAGUGCACCAGUUCAGGCAGCUUUUCCAACAAACCAACCUCACGAACAAGUACUAUCUUGCUGGCACCGCUCGGUCGAAGCUGGCCUACGAGGUAGAAGAAGUCGAUCGCAACCUCCUCCGUCUUGUGGCCCAUGCAAACUUUCUCGACCGUCUACAGGAUGAGAUAGACAGUGCAGAGCGGUUGCAUGAAACUCGACAUCAGGCUCGUCUUGUUCAGAGCUCUGUCUCGCCGAAGAAGGGUAGUAUUGUCUGGGAAGAUGUUAGUGAUGAGGAGCGGACUUCUAGUGACAGCGAGGGAGAGGACGAGAUUCUGGAGCUGGUCCGCAUUCCGACGAGAUAUCAGCUGCCUGCGAAGGUACUUACCAAGGAGGACAAGGCUGUAAAGGCGAAAAUGGUUGUUGGAGCUUCACAGGGAGUGAAAGCUGUGCUGCCUCGCAUUGUGGAGGAGGGUGAGGAUGAUGUAGAAAGCAUGUUGCAGAAAUUCGACCAGGAGGUGGUCGUAUGA